AAGAGGACAUCAACUGGGUCUAUGUGCUUAGCCACUAUGCAGGUCACAGAGCAGACACUGCAUUAACAGGGAGUGUUAAUGCAAGCCUUGGAGUUUUUGCAAGCUCACAGUUGUCUUGGUAAGAAGAGAAGGCUGCAAUGGACCCAGCUGUGGUUCUGGUGCUCUGUCUCUCCUGUUUGCUUAUCAUCUUCCUUUGGAGACAGAACCCUGGGAGAGGCAAACUCCCUCCUGGCCCCACUCCUCUCCCAAUUAUUGGAAAUAUCCUGCAGAUGGAUGUUAAGGACAUCAGGAAGACUCUGAACAAUUUCUCAAAAACCUAUGGCCCUGUGUUCACUGUGUACUUUGGCAUGAAGCCUGCUGUGGUGUUACAUGGAUAUGAAGCAGUGAAGGAAGCCCUGAUUGAUCAUGGAGAGGAGUUUUCUGGAAGAGGCCUUUUCCCAAUUUCUGAAAGAACUAGUAAAGGACUUGGAAUCGUUUUCAGCAACGGAAAUAGGUGGAAGGAGAUCCAGCGCUUCACCCUCAUGACCCUGCGGAAUUUCGGGAUGGGGAAGAGGAGCAUUGAGGAACGUGUCCAAGAGGAGGCCCGCUGCCUUGUGGAGGAGUUGAGAAAAACCAAGGCCUCAUCCUGUGAUCCCACAUUCAUCCUGGGUUGUGCUCACUGCAAUGUGAUCUGCUCCAUCGUUUUCCAGAAUCAUUUUGAUUACAAAGAUGAACAUUUUCUUACCUUGAUGGAGAAGUUCAAUGAAAACUUCAAAAUUCUAAGCUCCCCAUGGAUCCAGCUCUGCAAUAAUUUCCCUGUUCUCAUUUAUUAUUUCCCUGGAAUUCAUAACAAAUUAGUUGAAAAUAUUUCUCUUGUAAGAAGUUAUAUUUUGGAGAAAGCAAAAGAACACCAAGACUCUUUGGAUGUUAACAACCCUCGAGACUUUAUUGAUUGUUUCCUGAUCAAAAUGGAGCAGGAAAAGCACAACUCACAGUCUGAGUUCACUAUGGAAAACUUGGUCAUCACAGUAUCUGAUUUAUUUGUUGGUGGGACAGAAACACCAAGCAGCACUCUGAGAUAUGGACUACUGCUCCUGCUGAAGCACCCAGAGGUCACAGCUAAAGUCCAAGAAGAGAUUGACCAUGUGAUUGGCAGACAGCGGAUCCCCUGCAUGCAGGACAGGAGCCACAUGCCCUACACAGAUGCUGUGGUGCAUGAGAUCCAGAGAUACAUUGACCUGGCUCCCUGUAGUGUGCCCCAUGCAGUGACCUGUGACAUUAAAUUCAGAAACUACCUGAUCCCCAAGGGCACAACCAUAUUACCAUCCCUGACAUCUGUGCUGCACGACGACAAAGAAUUCCCCAACCCAGAGAAGUUCGACCCUGGACAUUUUCUGGAUGAAAGUGGCAACUUUAAAAAAAGCGACUUCUUCAUGGCUUUCUCAACAGGAAGACGGAUUUGUUUGGGCGAGGGACUGGCCCGCAUGGAGCUGUUUUUAUUCCUGACCAGCAUUUUACAGAACUUUAACCUGAGAUCUUUGAUUGAUCCAAAGAAGCUCGAUGCCACUCCAGUUUCCUCUGGGUUUAUUUCUGUGCCACCCUUGUACAAAAUCUGCUUCAUUCCUGUAUGAAGAAGGUCAGAUCAUCUGGCUGCUGUGGCUGUCAUAUGCAGCUCUCCCUUAUCGAUGGCAUCCUCCACCUCCUUCCUACUAUUAGGGAUGUCUUCUCUGACCUGUUGUCUCCCCAUUCCCUUAACAUGCAGUGAACAUCCAGUGUCCAUAAAGGAGAUUUUUUGAAUUUUACUGCAAAACUAUAUUGGCUGUUCUCCAUACUCUGUAACACAGUAUUGACUGCUACAUAUGACAAUACUUACCUAGUGUUGAGUUGUUAAUAUGCUAUCACUAUAAAACUGAGAAAAAUGAUUAGUGUAUGAUAAUUCAGAGCCAUUCCUCCUAUGUUUUAAAUAAAAAGUGUUAUUAAUUUCUGAGUCAGA